AUGACAAAAGGAAGGCCAACCACAUCAGAUAAUGCCUUUAAUGAUCUUCUAAAACCUACAUACAAGGGUAAAAAUUUAACGGAUGAAAUAAAAACUUCAGAAGAUAAAUGGAAUCUACUACCGGCAUUUUUGAAAAUUAAAGGAUUAGUAAAACAACAUUUAGAUUCUUUCAAUUAUUUUGUUGAUGUUGAUUUAAGAAAAAUAUUAAAAGCAAAUGCAUUAGUGCUAUCAGACGUUGAUCCAGACUUUUAUGUUAAAUAUCUAGAUAUAAGAGUAGGUCACAAAUCAACUUCAACUCCUGGAACAAAAGAAGUUAUAUUACCACCACAUGAAUGUAGAUUAAGAGAUUUAACUUACUCAGCUCCAAUAUAUGUUGAUGUUGAAUACACGAGAGGUAGAAAAAUUAUAAGACAUAACGAUUUAGAAAUAGGGAGAAUGCCAGUAAUGUUAAGAUCAAAUAAAUGUAUGUUGGAUGGAAUGAAUGAAAAAUUAAUGGCACAAGUUGAUGAAUGUCCUUUAGAUCCUGGUGGAUAUUUUAUAGUAAAUGGUACUGAAAAAGUUAUAUUAGUUCAAGAACAAUUAUCAAAAAAUAGAAUUAUUGUGGAAGCAGACGAAAAGAAGGGAAUAGUUCAAGCAUCAGUAACUUCAUCAACUCAUGAAAGAAAAUCAAAAACUUAUGUAAUUACCAAAAAUGAUAAAAUAUAUUUAAAACAUAACUCGAUUAGUGAAGAUAUUCCCAUAGUUAUUGUAUUAAAAGCAGCAGGUAUAACGUCAGAUCUAGAAAUUUUGCAACUAGUUUGUGGUUCAGAUCCAAAUUAUCAAGAUUUAUUCGUUGUAAAUUUUGAAGAAGCAGCAAAACUUGAGGUUUUUACACAACAACAAGCAUUACUUUACUUGGGUAAACGAGUUAAAACUAUAAGAAGAGCAGGCGCACCAAAAUUAUCACAAUUACAAGAAGGUAUUGAAGCCAUUGCCACCACCAUAAUUGCACAUUUAACAGUUAGUGAUUUACAAUUUAGAGAGAAAGCCUUGUAUAUGGCAAUGAUGGCAAGACGAGUUAUAAUGGCCAUGCAUAACCCAAAAAUGGUGGAUGAUAGAGAUUACGUUGGUAAUAAAAGAUUAGAAUUAGCAGGUCAAUUGAUGUCAUUACUUUUUGAAGACUUAUUCAAAAAGUUUAAUUCAGAUUUUAAAGCAAAUAUUGAUAAAAUACUAAAAAAGCCAAGUAGAACCUCGGAAUUUGAUGCAUUAUUAUCUAUAAAUAUACAUUCAAAUAAUAUUACAAUGGGAUUAAAUAGAGCAAUUUCGACUGGUAAUUGGUCAUUAAAACGUUUCAAGAUGGAAAGAGCAGGUGUUACACAUGUUUUGUCUAGACUAUCAUAUAUAUCAGCAUUAGGUAUGAUGACACGUAUCUCAUCACAAUUUGAGAAAUCAAGAAAAGUCUCAGGACCAAGAGCUUUACAACCUUCACAAUUUGGAAUGCUUUGUACUGCUGAUACACCUGAAGGUGAAGCUUGUGGGUUAGUUAAAAAUUUAGCUCUUAUGACACAUAUUACAACUGAUGAUGAAGAAGGUCCUAUAAAGAAAUUAUGUACUGUUUUAGGGUGUGAAUCCAUCUUGGGGUUAGAUUCUGCUACAUUACAUGUUGAAGGUAAUUUUGGAAUUUAUCUCAAUGGUACUCUUUUGGGUACUACUAGAUUUCCAGUAAAAUUUGUUACUGAUUUCCGUAGAUUAAGAAGAGCUGGUAAAGUUUCUGCAUUUGUUAGUAUUUAUACAAAUAGCCAUCAUCAAUCUGUACAUAUUGCUACUGAUGGAGGUAGAAUAUGUCGUCCAUUAAUUAUAGUUGAAAAUAAUAAAUCAAGAGUACAACCAAAACAUUUGGAGAAGUUGCUAAAAGGAGAGUGGGAAUUUGAUGAUUUUUUGAAAGAAGGUUUGGUGGAAUAUCUUGAUGUCAAUGAAGAAAACGAUUCAUUAAUUGCUUUAUAUGAAAAAGAUAUUGGUGAACAUCCCAACGCCACUACCACUCACCUAGAAAUUGAACCUUUUACAGUGUUAGGAGCUGUUGCAGGUUUAAUUCCAUAUCCACAUCAUAAUCAAUCACCGAGAAAUACUUAUCAAUGUGCGAUGGGUAAACAAGCUAUUGGAGCGAUUGCAUAUAAUCAAUUUAGAAGAAUUGAUACUUUGUUGUACUUUAUGGUAUAUCCUCAACAACCAAUGGUUAAAACCAAAACUAUAGAAUUAAUUAAUUAUGAUAAAUUACCAGCUGGUCAAAAUGCAACUGUUGCAGUUAUGUCGUAUUCAGGUUAUGAUAUUGAAGAUGCUUUAGUUUUAAAUAAAUCAUCAUUAGAUAGAGGUUUUGGUCGAUGUCAAGUUGUACGUAAAAACACUGUCCAAUUGAAAAAAUAUCCAAAUCAUACAAAAGAUAUCUUGUCAGGUAUGAGAGUUGAUGAAGAUAAUCAACCAAUAUUUCCACAUCAAGCUUUGGGGCCAGAUGGUUUAGGUGAAGUUGGAAGUAAAAUUGAAAAUGGGCAAGUAUAUGCAAAUAAAUGUGUUCCAACAAAUGCAGGUGAAUCUUCCUUAGGUCAACAACAACAACAACCACAACAACCACCUCAAGAAAUGCAUAGAGAAUCAGCCGCAUAUUACAAAGGGGCAGAACCAUCAUAUGUCGAUCAAGUAAUGAUGUCAGUAAGUGAUAAUGAUCAAGCACUUAUCAAAGUAUUACUUAGACAAACUAGACGUCCAGAAUUGGGAGAUAAAUUUUCUUCAAGACAUGGUCAAAAGGGUGUUUGUGGUAUUAUAGUACAACAAGAAGAUUUACCUUUUAAUGAUGAUGGUAUAUCACCAGAUAUUAUAAUGAAUCCACAUGGUUUCCCAUCACGUAUGACUGUGGGGAAAAUGAUUGAAUUGAUAUCAGGUAAAGCAGGUGUAUUAAAUGGAUCUUUAGAGUAUGGUACAUGUUUUGGAGGAUCCAAGCUAGAAGAUAUGUCUAAAAUAUUAGUAGAAAAAGGUUUUUCUUAUUCUGGUAAAGAUAUGUUAUAUUCAGGUAUUACUGGAGAAUGUUUACAAGCUUAUAUAUUUUUUGGACCAAUUUAUUAUCAAAAAUUAAAACACAUGGUUUUAGAUAAAAUGCAUGCAAGAGCUAGAGGUCCAAGAGCAGUUUUGACAAGACAACCAACAGAAGGUAGAUCAAGAGAUGGGGGGUUACGUUUAGGUGAAAUGGAAAGAGAUUGUGUUAUUGCUUAUGGUGCUUCACAAUUAUUACUAGAAAGAUUAAUGAUAUCAUCAGAUGCUUUUGAAGUUGAUAUUUGUAAUAAAUGUGGUUUAAUGGGAUAUAAUUCUUGGUGUACAACAUGUAAAGGUAGUGAAAAUAUUAUAAAAAUGACUAUACCAUAUGCUGCUAAAUUAUUAUUUCAAGAAUUAUUGUCAAUGAAUAUAGCUCCAAGAUUAAGAUUAGGUGAUGUUUUUUAG